AAGGGUUCUUCGACUCUGGUCUUGCGUAAGAGAGUAAACUUACAUCAGAAGCUUCUGCGUAACUUUCCGUUAAUUAAAAAAAGGUCAAAAAUUUACUGGGAGAAAAAACUAAGAAAAUUCGUUGUAGAAGAGAGAAGUGGUGGUAGAGGAAGAAGAAGGAGGAGGAGGAGAAGAAGAUUGAGAAUAUUAUUAGUUUAUAAGUUUAGUGGCGGAAAGAGGUUUUCGUGGAGAAGACAAGUUUGAUCCUUUUGGUUUUGGAUAAUUCUUCGACUUUGACACUCGUCUCUUCACGCAAUCGCCUUCGUUUCUCGUAUCACGUCUGCUUUUGCGUCUUCUAGGGUUUGCUUAUCUCUUUUUGUUCCUUUUUAUAUUUUAGAAAAAACAAAAAAAACAAUUUCUUCUGGGUAUGUACCAAGGCGAAAGAAGGGGGAUAUUGAUUUGGUUGAAUAUUUGAUUUUGGUGGAAUUUGGCUUAAAUUUCGAAGAAUUUGAGGAUUUUUCGUGGUGGGUACUUGUGCAAAAAUAUUAUUAUCGAAUUUGAGCUGACGCUGGAUUCUGAUUUUGUGUGUCUCCUGGGUUUUAAAGGUCUUUUGUGAUACAUAUACGAAAACGCUGAGAUUCGACAAGGGUUUUUGAUGAAUUUGGAUUUUGGUCAAGGAUCGAAGAAGAUAUAGAGAAAGCCUUGUUCUUUUACAGAUUCGUGGUUGGGGAUUUGUGUUGUGGAGGGCUUUUGAUUUGGCGCUGCUUUGCCUAUUUCCUGUUCCUAAUUCGAUUAGGUGAGUCACCUGUCUUAAUUUGGCUGUGGGCUAGGGGGAUUCUGCGGUUGAGGAUUUUUGGGGUCCUUUGGUCGUUACGAUGAGCGGAAGCUUCACUGAGAGUUUCGCCGGCGAUGGCAAGCUUCUUCUCUGCGUGGCUGAGAAUGGCCACUCGUUUGAAUUUGAAUGCAGCGAGACCACUACAGUUGAAUCUGUGAUGCGUUUUGUUGAAUCUGUUUCUGGUAUCGGCUUCUCUGAUCAGCUUCUUCUCUCGCUGGAUAUGAAACUUGAGCCACAAAAGCUGCUUUCUGCUUUUGGACUUCCUGCAAAUGACAGGGAAGUCUUUAUUUUUAACAAGGCUAUGCUGCAAAGUAACUCUCAUCCGCCACCACCUGAAGAUGUAGAUUUACAGGAAGUUGCUGACGCUUUACCUCCGGCUUCAUUACAUGAACAUCAUCCCUUGGAUGAUGCAUCAGAUCCAGCUUUGAAGGCUUUACCUUUAUAUGAAAGGCAAUUUCGGUACCAUUUCCAUAAAGGCCGCACCAUCUACAGUUGCACUGUUGUGAAGCAUGAGAACUGCGAAAGGUUAACAAGAGAGCAAAAGGUACAACAACGGGCUGUUGAAGUCGCUACGCGGAAUUUGGAACAGUAUUACAAGGUGAUCUAUCAGAACUUUCUUGAAUUUAUGAAGCGUUAUAAGCAUCAACACCGCCUCCACUCUGAUUUGCUUAUGAAUUUUGGAAGGGAUAUUGAGAAACUAAGGUCAGCUAAGAUUCACCCUUAUCUUCAAACUGAUACAAGGAAAUGCUUAUUGGACUUUGUCAAGGAAGAUAACCUCAAAAAGGCUGUAGAGAAUUGUGCUAGCUCUCACAGGCAAUUUGAGAAUAAGAUUGCACAGUUCCAGCAAAUGUUUGUAGAAGUCAAGCGCAAGGUGGAGGAGUUGUUUGCUUGCAGGGCUUCCUUAUCAAUGAAGAACUUAGAAGUGACUGUUAAGGAUCACGUACGGUUCAUUGAUGAGGAAAAGAGCAUAAUGCAGUCUCUCAGCAAAGAUGUCAAUACGGUUAAGAAACUUGUGGAUGAUUGCAUGUCUAGCCAACUUUCCUCAUCUCUCCGUCCCCACGAUGCUGUUUCAGCCCUGGGUCCUAUGUACGAAGUGCAUGACAAGAAUCAUCUUCCCAAAAUGCAAUCUUGCUAUAACUCGAUUUCAGAAUUGCUGAAUUUCUGCAAGAAUAAGAAGAAUGAGAUGAACAACUUUGUACACAGUUACAUGCAAAAGAUAACGUAUGUCACAUAUAUCAUCAAAGAUGCUAAGUUGCAGUUUCCUGUUUUUAGAGAGGCAAUGGUGCGCCAGGAUGACUUAUUUGCAGACUUGAAGUUAGUCCGUGGUGUUGGCCCCGCUUAUAGGGCCUGUCUCGCAGAGGUGGUAAGAAGAAAAGCCUCUAUGAAGCUUUACAUGGGUAUGGCUGGGCAAUUGGCAGAGAAGCUUGCUAUGAAGCGGGAAACAGAGGUCAGAAGACGUGAGGAGUUUCUUAAAACACAUGGUUCUUUUGUACCUCGUGAUGUAUUGGCUUCAAUGGGUUUAUUUGAUACUCCCACUCAGUGUGAUGUCAAUGUCGCUCCUUUUGAUACUAGUUUACUCAAUAUUGAGAUCACGGAUGUUGAUCGAUAUGCUCCUGAGUAUCUUGUUGGGUUACAUUCAAAGGUUGCAUCCUCAAGGAGUUCACUGACCAUGUCUAGUGAUAGCUCGAUUUCUGUUGAGCCUGAAGAGAUAGGUUUAGACACAUUCGACAAAGAAAAUUUUGAUGAUAUCCUAGCAGCCUCUGAAUUGAUAGAGAUAGCAGGGACCAGCAAGAUGGAAGUUGAGAAUGCAAAACUAAAAGCUGACCUUGCUUCUGCAAUAUCUCGGAUCUGUUCAUUAGGCCCACAAUUUGAAUAUGAGUUGCUGGAUGAAAGUGAAGUAGAAAAUGUGUUGAAAAAUGCCGCAGAGAAGACAGCAGAGGCAUUGCAGGCCAAAGAUGAGUAUGAGAAACAUCUUCUAAUUAUGCUGAAGGAAAAACAAAUGCACUGUGAUUCAUAUGAGAAGCGCAUCCGUGAACUAGAACAACGUCUUUCCGAUGAGUAUCUGCAGGGACAGAGACAUAAUAACAAAGAUGCAUCUAGCUUGAACCUUAUGGAUGCAAAAGUUAGUGAAUACAAAGUAGAAGCUUCAGGUGACGUGGAAGGAAAUAAAACUCAUGUAUCUGGUUCUGAACCCAUGGAUGAGGUCUCAUGUGUUUCAAAUCCUACUAGCAAGCAGCCAUGUAAAACCCGGGAAGGUAUGGAUGAGAAUAUGGUUGAUUCCUCUCAGGUGCUCAGUCGUCCGCUUGACUCAUCUAUGCUGGAAAGCCAGCAAAACAACGAGAAAGGUGGAAAGGAUAAUGUGUUGUUGGAAAUGGGGGUAUUCCUAAGUAAUAGUUCAACAGCCGAGAGCCCACCAAAAUCUUUCGAUGAUAAUGCGGCAACUGACAGAGGUUUAGAUGCCAAACAUAGUGAUGAUAUUAUCUUGGAACUUAGAAAUGAGCUGAUGGAAAAGUCCAAUAAACUGAGUGAAAUAGAGUCCAAGCUAAAUGGUGCUAUGGAAGAGGUAUCCAAUUUGAGCAGAGAAUUGGAAACGAAUCAGAAGCUUCUUGAAGAAUCCCAGAUGAACUGUGCGCAUUUGGAGAACUGCUUACAUGAAGCAAGAGAAGAAGCCCAGACCCAUCUCUGUGCUGCUGAUAGUAGAGCUUCGCAGUAUAAUGCUCUUCGUGCAUCAGCCGUAAAGAUGCGAGGUCUUUUUGAAAGAUUCCGGAGCUCUGUUUGUGCUGGUAAUGGGAUUGCUGAUUUUGCUGACUCCUUGCGAACUUUGGCUCAAGCUUUGGCCAACUCCGUUAAUGAAAAUGAAGAUGAUGGUACUGCUGAGUUCCGGAAAUGCAUCCGAGUCCUGGCAGACAAAGUUAGCUUCCUCUCCAAACACCGGGAGGAAUUACUGGAAAAGUGCCAAAAUCUUGAAGCUACAAGUGAACAGACAAGAAAGGACUUGGAGGAAAAGAAAGAGCUGGUGAAAACAUUGUACACUAAGCACCAACUUGGGAAGCAGGCAAAUAAGGAAAAGAUAUCAUUUGGUCGUCUUGAAGUUCAUGAGAUAGCAGCAUUUGUGCUAAACCAGGCAGGGCAUUACGAGGCAAUCAACAGGAACUGCCCAAAUUACUACUUGUCCUCUGAAUCCGAGGCAUUGUUCACAGAUCACCUCCCAAACCGGCCUACAUACAUUGUUGGACAGAUUGUCCACAUCGAGCGCCAAUUAGUGAAACUGCCAUCAGCACUUUCAGCUUCUGCAUCAACCGAGGCAGGUAAGACACGUCAUCUCAGCUCAGACCUGGGCUCGAGAACUCUGGCAUCAAGUGUAAUCUCAACAUCAUCUUCAGCAACAACUUCAAACCCUUAUGGUCUCCCUUCAGGAUGUGAAUACUUCAUAGUGACAAUAGCAAUGCUUCCUGACACUGCUAUUCAUCAACAAGCUUCCUGAUCCUUUUGCUUGUUCUUAAGGCAGAUAGAUGUGAUGGAAGAAAUCGCUCCCCCCAAAAAGGAAAAAAAAAAUGUAAAUACUUUGAAUUCAAAUGACAGAAUCUACAACCAGACAGCCCCUUAUAUGAUUUGUGGGUGUUGGGUUCCAUUUGUCCCCCUUUUCUCUAAUUUCUUUUAUUUCAUAUCUUUCUUCUUUAUGUACAGCUGAUGAUCACUGAUCUUAGUUUAAUCUUCUAUCUCCUUGUAUA